AUGGCAUUUAAUCCAUUUUUAGCAAGGCCAGAAAUGGCCUUGCUACCACCUUACUUACAACCGCCACCAUUUCCAUCUCUUCCCGGUCCAACAGGAUUUUUUCCUCGCUUACCGACAGAAAUUACAAAUUUUCCUGGAACACUUCCAUCAACAAGAAAUAAUAGAAUACCUGAAAUUGAUGAUGGAAUAAUUGAUGAUCCAAAAGUUGAAUUGGAUGAUAAAAAUCUUUGGGAUCAAUUCUGUAACUGUGGCACGGAAAUGGUCAUUACCAAAAGUGGAAGGUGA